AUGAUCAAACUGCUCGCUUUCGUCGUUCUCACCGUUUUGGUGAUUGAAAUCGAAGCCCAAUGGGGCUGGGGAUCGCCGUGGGGCGGACCGUGGGGAGGACCCGGCAUGGGUAAGUUUUUUUAGAGGUGGUUUUUCUUUUUUUGUUUAAAAAACUUUUUUUAUUUUUUUUGAAUCUAAAUAUAAUAGAUCAAAUCAACUGAGAUUUUUAAAAUUUAUUUUAUCACCAAUUCCAGGACGUCAUCGUCAUCGUUGGGGUAACGAAUUCGGCGGCCGAGGAGGAGGCUGGGACGGUCCACGUGGAGGCUGGGAAGGCCAACGUGGCGAAGGCUUCGAAAGUCAAGGCGGUCAAUUUGGAGGUCAAGGCGGCCAAGGAGGUCAAUGGGGAGGUCAAGAAGGUGGACAAGGCCAAUGGGGUGGACAAGGUCAACCGGGCGGCCAACAAGGCGGUCAAUGGGGCGGUCAAAGCCAACAAGGAGGUCAAGAUGGUCAAUGGGGUGGUCAAAGUCAGCAAGGUGGCCAAGGCCAAUGGGGCGGACAACAAGGCCAACAACAAUCUGGAGGUCAACAACAGUCCGGAGGCCAACAACAAGGUCCACGAAAGAUCAGUCGAGAGGAAGACCUGAAUGUACCUACUCAGAACUUCAAAAGCGGACCACCAGGAACAAGAUAG